AAGCAGAUAACGACGCCGCCGUACACAACGCAACGGCCAGGAUGCACUCCAACAAGUUGGGAAUAUCUCUACGGCCUCGAUGAUUUCCAUGGGAUAUAAGACUUUCGGGAAAACUGAGAUGAAAAUAAAUUUAAAAUCCGCGGUAUAAUCCACUGAAUCGACGCCGGCAAGUCCGCUCAUGGUUGUGUAAAACCUGUGGUUAAGGUUGACCGGGGUUAGAAUUAGGUCGCAGGUGGGGUUAAUUGAGGGUUUGGAGAGUAGGGCCUAUAUAAGGGCCAUGGAGUAGACCGAAGGGUUUCUUGUGCUAUUUUGACGGCUUCUGCCGUCUUUCUGUUGGUUCUCUGGUUCCGGGGUUCGUUGUUCGGUCAGACAGCAUAAUUUCUUUUUUUUAUUUUUUGGGGUAGGAAAUUUUUGGGGGUUUCUAUCCGAAAAUGGCUUCUGCUGAAAUCGAGUUCCGUUGCUUUGUGGGCGGGCUUGCCUGGGCCACUGAUGACCGCAGCCUUCACGACGCUUUUAGCCCGUUUGGCGAAGUUCUGGAGUCCAAGAUCGUAAGCGACCGCGAAACUGGAAGGUCUCGUGGAUUCGGCUUCGUGACCUUCAGUGAUGAGCAGGCGAUGAUGGACGCCAUUGAGGCUAUGAACGGCAAAGAGCUAGAUGGGAGGAAUAUUACAGUCAAUCAGGCCCAAUCCAGGACUGGCGGCGGUGGCGGUGGCGGCGGAGGCUAUCGUGGCGGCGGCGGUGGUGGAAGCGGUGGAUACCGCAGUGGUGGUGGUGGCUAUGGUGGUGGCGGCCGUGAAAGAUCUGAACGCGGAUAUGGUGGUGGCGGCCGUGGCGGCGGCGGUGCUGGUUAUGGUGGCGGCGGCAGUGGUUAUGGUGGUGGAGGUUCUGGUGGAGGUUCCCGUUAUGGCGGUGGUAGCGGUGGCUAUGGUGGUGGUGGCGGCGGUGGAUCGCGUUACGGUGGUGGUGGCGGAGCGUCUGAAGGCAGCUGGAGGAGAUGAGCGUAGAAGUCAUGUUGGGGUUUGGGGUUUGUUUUACUAUGAGUUGGUUUGUAGGUUUUAAAUAUUUGCAUCUGUGUUUCUAGUGGGUGGUCUUUGAGAUUUGCUUGAUGCUUCGAAAUGGGUUCUAAGGUUCGGUGUAAAGUCUUUGUCCUGUUUUUGAUCUGGAUCUUGCGGCUCUAUAUUGGCCUAUACAAGUUGAAUGUUCUGUUAAUGGCUUCUUUUGUAAUGUUGCUCUGGAUAAUGAAUGAUUGGGGAUUUAUACUUGUUCUCA